CGCGGGUGCAGGCAUCGUGAUGGCGACCAUGCUGAUGCAGUUCAGCACCAUUGGCAACCUGGGCAUGGUGAACCUGCAGAGCAUCGAGGUGCACCCCACGUGUCUCCGCCAGAUCGCAACGAGUGUCGAGUGGGCAGUUGCCGGGGUUGCCAUGUCUUCCCUGCCCUACCUGGCUUUGAUGGACGACAAGCGACUUCCCUUCGCCAUCCUCUCAGCCCUGAACUUGGUGGUGGCGUUUUCCGUGUCGUUCCUGCCGGAAUCUGCGCUGCAGCGAUUGCCGGAGACGUUAAGGGACGGUGCCGUCUUUGGCAGAGGACAGCGCUACUGGAGCUGGAAACCCAAACCGACACCAGAGUACGCCAAGGGAUAAAGGAUUUCCAGAAGUUCCUUUUAGUUUAGAAGGAACGAUAAUGCGAUGCUGGCAACCUCCGAGUUCUGUUUACUGACGGUGCACAUGACUUGCUCGGCCAGCUAUGAACGAAUAACAGUGCACUUCGAGCCCUAUUUCUAAUCUGUAAACAGUAACACUAAAAUUAAGCCUGACCUAGAUUAGAUUAUAAUUUAUGGCCGUCAUAUUCAGUAAAUGCUACAUGCCAAAAUAAACUGACAUGGAAACCGCACCUACUGCGCUAUCCAAAAAAGAAAAAAAAACC